AUGAGUUCGGACGCAAAUUCAACAGAAGGACAAAUUAUUAAAUGUAAAGCAGCAGUUGCAUGGAAAGCAAAAAGUCCGUUGAAAAUCGAAGAAGUGGAAGUUCUACCACCCGGUAAAGGCGAAGUUCGAAUUAAAAAUUUAUUCGCCGCUUUAUGCCAUACCGAUGCUUAUACAUUGGAUGGUCUCGAUCCCGAAGGUGUUUUUCCAGUGAUUCUUGGACAUGAAGCUGCCGGUAUUGUUGAAUCUAUCGGUGAAGGUGACUAUGUUAUCCCACUUUACAUUCCUCAAUGUUACAAAUGUGAAUACUGUUUAAACCAAAAAACCAAUCUAUGUCAAGCUGUUCGUGCAACACAAGGACAAGGUUUAAUGCCGGAUAAAACUGUUCGAUAUCGGUGUCAAGGCAAAGAUGUGUUCCACUUCAUGGGUUGUUCAUCAUUCAGCGAAUAUUCAGUGGUCUUGGAAAUUUCUAUGUGCAAGAUUAAUAAAGAUGCACCAUUGGAUAAAGUUUGCUUACUUGGAUGUGGAGUUUCGACUGGUUAUGGCGCAGUUCUGAAUACAGCAAAAGUCGAAAAAGGAUCACGCGUAGCUGUUUUUGGCUUGGGCGCUGUUGGUUUAGCUGUGAUUAUGGGUGCGAAACAAGUUGGUGCUUCACAAAUCGUUGCCGUUGACACCAAUCCAGAAAAAUUUGAAUUAGCUCGUCUUUUCGGUGCGACCGAUGUAGUCAAUCCAAAAGAAAUCAAAGAUCCAUUACAACAAUAUCUUGUAGAAAAAUUCGAUGGAGGCUUUGAUUACACGUUUGAAUGCGUUGGCAAUGUCGAAAUUAUGCGUGCUGCUCUUGAGUGUGCUCACAAAGGUUGGGGUGUUAGUGUGAUCGUCGGUGUUGCUGCAAGCGGCCAAGAAAUCAAAACUCGUCCGUUUCAAUUAGUUACUGGUCGAACAUGGAAGGGAACUGCUUUUGGUGGUUGGAAGAGCCGUGAUAGCGUUCCGAAAUUAGUUAAGGAUACUAUGGAUGGAACAUUGAAACUUGAUUCAUUUGUUUCACAUAAGAUGCCAUUUGAACAAAUCAAUGAUGCUUUCGAUUUGUUACAUGCUGGAAAAUGCAUUCGUAUUGUUCUUCAAAUGACACCGGAUGGAAAACCAAAUCAAUAA